AUUCAUAGCAUAACUUACGUAAACAUCGCAUAUUUGCAGUUAUAAAUAUAAACACACAUACAUAUUUAUGUUGGAAUGAUACAUGGCGAGAAUCUGCACAGUUUGUUGUGGAACGCAUACGUAAAGUUAACAUAAUCAAGCAAUGUAAAUAAGGUCGACGCUCAACUACGACCAGCACUAUUAUGGCUUCAUUGCGUGUAGUUAAUAGAUUAGUCUGUCGUGGAUUUAUUGUGCUCACUUUGCUGCUCAUGUUCUUCAACGAAGUACUUAUCUAUUAUAUAGCACAAUCCAGAUGGCAUUCAAUCGAUUGCCAACAUGAGAACUGCACUCGUUUGCUGCUCAUUGCGGAUCCACAAAUUCUAGGCAACUCUUAUGAUCGCUCAUCGCAUAGUCCUUUGGCUCGAUACGAUUCGGACAGAUAUUUGCAAAAGUCCUUUGAGCGUGCCAUCUCGUUCACGCAGCCACACAUCAUAGUUUUCUUGGGAGAUUUACUGGAUGAGGGUAACAUAGCUACCGCUCAGGAGUACAAGCAAUAUGUGAAGCGUUUUAAGCGCAUUUUUCAAAACAAAAAAUUUACAAAAUUUCGUAUGAUCUCCGCCUACUUUCAGCGCGUUCAUGUGCCAGGUGAUAACGAUAUAGGCGGCGACAAUGGAGAUUAUAUUUCCAACUCGAAUCAGCGACGUUUCGAAAACGAAUUUAUGAGCGAAGAUCUGUUUGACUAUGACAAUCAUUUGCGUUUCUUCAAGAUCAAUCGCAUGCUACUAGAUUUCACGAACCCCGACAAAGAUAACAAUGCUGAUCGUCUGCGCAUCGGAGUCUCGCAUGCUCCACUUCUCAUUGGCGGCGGACCUUUGUUGCGAGCUAUUAUCAGCGAUUUGGAUCCGCAUAUUAUAUUUUCGGGACAUUGGCACGAAUCGCGUAUAUUUAUAUACCCCUCGACGAAGGUCAUCAAUUUCUAUGAGAAUGCCGUGCGACAUUUUGAUCUGAAAGCACUAAAAGAGCAGGAUCACAGUUAUCUAGAGAUUAUGGUGCCCACAUGCUCGUAUCGCAUGGGUAAAUCAAAGAUUGGCAUGGGCUACGCAGUGCUAGAGGACUAUAAUCUGAGCUACACGGUGCUGUGGCAGCCGAAUCGCUUUAUACUGCUCUUCACAUAUGUCUUCUGGGGCCUGUUUGUGCUGUGCGGCGGCAUUGUCUAUAAAAUGAUGACACGAUGUCCCUUCCGAGUGGUUAAGCGGCAUACUCAAUACAGUCGCGUAUCAAAUGUACCUCAAUUUUAGACUGCAUAAUCCUAUCAUUAAGAAUGAGAUUCCUUUUAAACAGUAAUUAACCAAGCAUUUUAUAGCAGCCAAACCUAGUAUUUAUAAUUACUCAAAUGUAUUGUAGUUAAUUUCUAAAUAAUUCUAGCGCCAUAUCACAAAACAUUGGUUGUACUUUUUCCCUGUGUGAAAUAUAUAUCAAUACAAUACUACAAUGUAAGAAAAAAAAGGAGUAGCUCUCAGAGUUGCAUUUACUGGCGUAGUUUUGUGCAUAAUCGAAAUACUGGUAAAAUAGUGGGAACAGCGCAGGACGCGUGCGCCGACCGGCUGAACGGAGUCAGCUCAGCAGCCUGCCAGUCUUAAAUUAGCUCUUUGCGGCGUCAGUUCAAUUUCGAAUGCGAACGCGCGAGGUUGUCUCUUGUGGUAAACGCUCCUUGCUCUGCGCCCUUAUACGGUUACGGGCUGUGCAGAAGGAUAAUUAAGCGUGACGCGUGUGCGUAACAUAAAAAUAAACAUUAAGCGGCAGAUGCCCAACAGUCGUCGUCGUCGUCGUUGUCGACAGCGCUGUGUGAAGUGAAAUGAACUGAGGCUGCGUUGCGGAAAAUUAAAUGAAAUGAAAUAAAAAGCCAAAGAAACCAAACGCAACGAGGAAACAAAAUUCCUGCCAUACUCAAAAAUAAAAAAAAAAGUAAAAAUAAAAAAAAAAUAAAGAGCAGACCCUCACA